UGUCGCUGGUCCACCGGGCUCUGCCUCUGCAGUCCGCUCGCUCCGGUGCUCAGCGAGCCCGCUCGUCCGGCAGUGCUAGCUCCACGGGAGUGUUCAGCAUCUUUCCGCCACCAGGCUCCCGUGUGCGCCCGUGCUGCCCCGGGACCACCGGCCUGGCGACGCUGCCUGCGCCAGUUCGCUGCAACUUCUGCAGCCGCGUGUCGCUGGCCUGCUGCCUGCCUGGGAAGUUUGCAGCGCCCGCCACAAAGUUGGGACACUUGGGCAAUCGAAAUUUGUUUUUUCGCCUGCUUCUGCCCUAGCGUGCAGGUACCCUCGGUUUGUGGAUCCUGGUAUUUGACAUCUUGGUGGGACCCUGAGAUUGGACUUUUCCCGAACACCUCACCCUCGGGGAGGAAAAAAAAGGCGAACUAACAAACUUUCCUCUUCCCGCUAGAAAAAAAUAAAUUCUUUAAGGAUGGAGCUACUGCAUUGGUGUCUGCUGUGGUUCCUGUUACCACUCACCUCAAGGACCCAGAAGCUGCCCACCCGAGAUGAGGAGCUUUUUCAGAUGCAGAUCCAGGAUAAGGCAUUUUCCCAGGAUUCUUCUGUGAUUCCAGAUGGCGCUGAAAUCAGCAGUUACCUCUUUAGAGACACACCUAGAAGGUAUUUCUUCAUGGUUGAGGAAGAUAACACCCCAAUGUCGGUCACAGUGACACCUUGUGACGCGCCUUUGGAGUGGAAGCUGAGCCUCCAGGAGCUGCGUGAGGAGGCCAGUGCAGAUGGAUCAGGUGACCCCGAACCACUUGACCAGCAGAGGCAGCAGAUGACUGAUGUGCAGGGCACAGAACUGUUCUCCUACAAGGGCAAUGAUGUCGAGUAUUUUCUAUCUUCAAGCUCCCCAUCGGGUUUGUAUCAGUUGGAGCUUCUUUCAACAGAGAAAGACACACAUUUCAAAAUAUAUGCCACCACCACUCCAGAAUCUGAUCAGCCAUACCCUGACUUACCAUAUGACCCCAGGGUUGAUGUGACCUCCCUCGGACGUACCACUGUCACGUUAGCCUGGAAGCUGAGCCCCACAGCCUCUCUGUUGAAACAACCCAUAGAGUACUGCGUGGUCAUCAAUAAGGAGCACAAUUUCAAAAGCCUCUGUGCAGUGGAAACCAAGCUGAGUCCAGAUGAUGCCUUCAUGACGGCACCCAAACCUGGCCUGGACUUUAACCCCUUUGACUUUGCCCAUUUUGGAUUUCCGGCAGAGAACUUGGGUAAAGAUCGCAGCUUCCUGGCAAAGCCUUCUCCCAAACUGGGGCGCCAUAACUACUGGAGGCCCAAGGUUGACAUUCAGAAAAUCUGCAUAGGAAACAAAAACAUCUUCACCGUCUCUGACCUGAAGCCCGACACUCAGUACUACUUUGAUGUCUUCAUGGUCAAUACCAACAGCAACAUGAGCACGGCUUACGUCGGUGCCUUUGCCAGGACCAAAAAGGAAGCGAAACAGAAGACAGUGGAGCUCAAAGACGGAAGGAUCACAGACGUGUUUGUUAAAAGGAAGGGGAGGAAGUUUCUGCGGUUUGCUCCAGUCUCCUCUCACCAAAAGGUUACCUUCUUCAUUCACUCUUGUCUGGACACUGUCCAAGUGCAAGUAAGAAGAGACGGGAAGCUGCUUCUGUCACAGAGUGUGGAGGGCAUUCGGCAGUUCCAGGUAAGAGGGAAACCCAAAGCGAAAUACCUCAUCCGACUGAAAGGCAACAAGAAGGGAGCAUCAAUGUUGAAAAUACUGGCCACCACCAGGCCCAGUAAGCAGGCGUUCCCCUCCCUCCCCAAAGACACAAGAAUCAAAGCCUUCGACAAGCUACGCACCUGCUCUUCAGUCACCGUGGCUUGGCUGGGCACCCAAGAAAGGAGAAAGUUUUGUAUCUACAGAAAAGAAGUGGACGGUAACUACAGUGAAGAGCAGAAGAGAAGGGAGCGAAACCAGUGCCUAGGACCAGACACCAGGGAGAAGUCAGAGAAGAUCCUUUGCAAAUACUUUCACAGCCAAAACCCGAAGAAAGCAGUGACCACAGAAACAAUCAAAGAUCUGCAGCCUGGCAAGUCCUACCUGCUGGAUGUUUAUGUCGUAGGACAUGGGGGACACUCUGUGAAGUAUCAGAGUAAAGUUGUGAAAACAAGAAAGAUCUGUUAGUUACCUUAAGCAAAGAUGUGUAGAACUCCAGGAGAGACACCUUGCCUGUAAACCGACUACUCUU